AUGGCAUUUCUGGCUGUCAGUGACGACUUUGAUCUAGACGACCAUGGCAUAUUGCGAGAUUCGGCUUCCAGUACCGGUGGGUUUCUCAUCGACGAUGACGGUAUCAUACGAGAUGACCUUGGCAUCUACAAACACACCGGCAGCCACUGGUCGGACUCUGGCUUCGAUGGCGGCAAGCUUUCGAGCUCAUCGACGCUGAGACGCCUCCAGACGAGUUUUGAUGACGACGAUGACUCGAGACUGUUGGACCAGAGUGUGAACAUCAGCGAGUUCGAGGCUUCCAAGGACGACUUGAGCUUUGAGAGACCCUCAGUGUCGGAGAGCUACGAGAGACCCUCAGUGUCAGAAAGCUACGACUUCCAGAACCGAGGAGACACCCCCCGGGACCUGUUGGAUCCUGGCAGUUCGUUUGAUAGGUCAAUAGAUUUUGCCCGUGACAAAGGUUUGACAGUCAGAGCUGACACGCCCAAGCACCUGUUAGAUAGUGUGAGUCUUAUUGAGAGGUCGGGUGAUUUCAAUGAUGCGGAUAUUCCAGAAAAGAAACCUCGUGGUAGAGAGGGGGACCAGAAGGAACUGUUUUCUGAGGAGUAUUACAACCAGCUUCGUGAUCUAGGCGUCCUCAUAGACGAUGGAGACCUGUCAGAUGCAAGGAAUUCCAUCGAGGGAUUUGAAAGAGAAGAAGCCUACUGUUCCCGGGAAGACUUGAACUUCAGGGAUCAUCCCGAUCCCUUGGAUAACAUUAGUGACUUCUUGCAGAAAGACCACAACGAGAACCCUAACACAAUCAGUGAGUUCUUCAGAUAUGAAAGUGUUAAGACCCAGGACAGCUCUGUCGUAGAGCCGGGGGAGUUAUUCCAACAGAACGAGUACACGGGUCGACCCAUUUCACCUGGCUCCCAGACGACAGUAAGCAACAAGUCGUUUCCAGAAGUGUCUCCAGAGGAAGCCCUGCUGCUGUAUCAGCGUAACAGGAAUGCUCAAUUCAUUGACCGUGCUGCCGAGACGGCGUUUGGGGACCAGCAGCGAGAGAUUGACACCGAGGGUCUGUUCCACAAGUCGGGUGACGAUCCUGGAAUAUUCCAGCGAACCGGAGAUGAGGAUGAGAUAUUUUUAAUAACCGGUGGCUUGAUUCCAUCGUCUACGAUUAACACAAGCAGCUCGGUUCAUCAGUGUGUGACGCCGUACUCCAACCAGAGCAGCCGGCGAUCAAGCCAAGGCAGUGUUCACAGCUAUCAGUUUGAGACGUACAACAGGGAUGGACAGGUUGUUGUGCAGGAGGUAAACAAGACAGCUUCUCCACAGAACAUGGGAAAAGAGAGACAGCACACAACAGAACCUGCCGCUCAUUCUCGUCCUUCAUCAUCAGCAAGUUUUCUGUCCACAAAUUCAGACAACCAGUCCAGACCCAGCACAGCCAGGUCAGGGUCUUCCAAGAAACUUUCCAAAGCCAAAUCAGAAGAGAGCUUCUUUGAACACAGCAAGACUUCAACGUCUGUUGAGAAAGGACCGAAACGACUUCUACCAACACCAGUGGAUGACAGCCAGUCCUAUAAAUUAAAAAGCAAAAGCACGACCAACAUUUCUGGCCAGAGUGGCCCAGUGAAGCCGACGCACAUGUCGAUAUCUCAGAUAACACGCAUGACGAUGGAUGAAGGAGCCGACAUGGCGGGGGGCGGUGAUGGUGACAAGCCUCCGGGGGAGAUGACGAUGAGACUAAAGCAGGAGUUUCAGAAGAGGAAGCAGGCCACGGAACUGGUACAGCAGCUUCAGAAGGACUACGACAGCCUGCUGUCCAAGUACGCCCUCGCCGAGCUCACCAUCGACCAGAUGAGACUAGGGGCCAAGAUCACCCUCCACGCCGACUCACCCACCCCGGGCCAGAUCCACACUGGCACCAUGUCACCCGCGCAGCACCCGCAGGUUAUUCAGAUCAGCGGGACAAACCGAGGGGUGUUUUCAUCAUCAUCACCGUCGCAAGGUAGAGCUACGUCCACCUACAGCAGUCCUGUACCAGAGAGCAUUGACAUGCAUGACAACCCCCUUCCGUCAAACUCCCACCUCCUCAGUAACAGCCAGUUAGUUAAUCGUAUGGACAGAGGCAACCAUGUUGAGACAUCAUCAGUAAACCAGAGAGAGGAAAAAGUGGUUACUCCAAAAAAUGUCGGAGCUGAAGGUGUGAAAUCGAGUCUGCUACAUCAGGCAGGCAACAUUGCAGAAAGGGUUGAAACCUUUGGGUCUAUCUUGGAAACCAGACAGCUGAGUCUAGAAGACCAGGAACAGGUGUUUGAACAGCUUCGGACGGAUCAUGAAAAACUGCGGAGAUGUUACCUACAAGCCAAAGAAGACUAUAAUGUCCUGCGGAGGUCAGGUGCCUCGCUCACCGACGCAAACUUUGACCAGAACAAACAGUUAGAGGGCGAGUUGUUCCGACUAGGCAUGAGGUUCGACGAAAUUCACGAGAAAGUUGACAAAAACUUGAAAGAGAAGUCUGCCAAAAGGCAGCCAUUCCAAGCAAAUCGAUUGGUUAAUGACCAGUCAGACAUGUCACAUGAUGAGGAUGAAUCGGCUAUUGACCAAUCGAAACAAAUGAUGCAUAGAACUUUGGCAGGAAGUGAUUUGAUUCAGCCAAUGGAAGAUUCAGAAUUUGAGCAGAAAAUUCAAAUGCUUCAUGAGCAAUAUAAUGCAUUGAUGGAUCGCUACCGGAGACUAAAACAGAUGGCCCCGACACCGGAAAAGGACAAAGAAAUCGAUAAUUUAGUCAAAAAACUUAAAGAAAUCUGUAAUGAAGCUCCAGACAUUUUCAGACUGCCACCAGAACUGGACGAAAGGUGGGACAGAAUGCAGAAGAGAGAAGUGGGAUCCCGUGGCAAGUCUCCCGUCCCAGACACUCAGGCAUCCGACAGUGCUAGCAGACCAAACACACAGGGUCAGACUAACAAAGACGAAAGACUGAGUGAUAGAGAAAAGCAAAAAUCUGGUCAUGUUGAAAAUAGCCGCAGAGCUUUGAACACGUCCAGCAGCAGUCGGGGCAGCCUGGUAUCGCCCCGAGAUCGCCUGUCAUCUCCAAACAAGAUUAGCCCCCUUCCGAGUCGAUACUCUCCGUUACCUAGCAACAGGAUUUCACCACGCGACCGGGCUCCUGGCGGUAGGAAUUCCCCACACAGUGAUCGAGAUUCUCUGCGUAGCGGACGUGAGUCGCGGCACGGUCGUGAGUCACCCAGUGACAGCGAGUCAUACAGCUCAAAUGUUCCGCGUCCUCGCCGGCGGGACCAUCAGUUCCAGGACCACAAGAUGAAGAAGCGACCAGAUGGAGGAAGCAUGACUAGUCUUAGAGAAGGUAGUACCUCGGAUAACGACAGCAGGACGCUGGCCAAUCUGCCAGGACCGGGCAAGUUGAAACAGAUGACUCGGCAGAGGGGAGCUGAUGACGUUGAUAGCGGGUUUAUCGGGUCGGUUGUUGGGUCGGACGUCAGUCAACAUCAGCCACCUCAACAGCAGCAGCAGCAGCAACGACAACCUCAACAGCAGCCACUGAGAGUGAGACACCAAGCUACAGAGAGAAAUGAAACAGGUUCGUCUGCGAGGGAUUCUGGUGGUCCAGCAGCCAAGACGAGAGUUUCAUCAAACAUAGACCGACCUUCCUCGCGUGGUGGGAGCGUCCAAGAACGCGACAAACGCGAUGCGUCCACCGAGGCAGACAGCAUGGACGUGAGUUUCUAUGACGACGUCACUGACAGCGACCUCAGUGAACUGGACGUGAGGACCCCGAAGAAGAUGGAGAAAAUCUUGGGUGCAAGGAGAGUGGGGAGCAAAGACAGCAGCAGAACCUUGGAGGAUUCAGGGCAAGACUCUGAUGUAACGCCGCGACCAGUUGAGCGACUAAGGCUAUCAAGUGACAAGAAAACGCCGACACAAACUCCAUUAAAACCUAAUCACAGAUCACGUGUCCGAUCCUCUGAGGAAGACGAAGAAGAAGGGGAGCUAACUCCAAGAGCCUCUGCUAGCAGGGACAUCCCACAGCAGUGUCAGAGGUUUUCGUCUGAAGAUGGCGAUCUAGACACACCAAGAAGUGCAAAGACUCGCAAGCCUUCUAGAACCAUCACGUCCAGCAGGGUUGGAGAGAAUCGAGAAUCACUGCCUCCUGAGCUGCAGCAAGCUCAUGGCAGAAAUGAAGUGAGGUCAGAGGUCAGAAGUCAGCUGAGAGUGGAAAAUGUGAGACGUUUAGAGAACAGAGGGACCGGGUCGGACCUGCGGUGGGAUGCCAAGGGAACCGACUCUGAUGCCACACGGACAUCAUCUGUUGCUAGCUCUAGACUACGAGCUCUUCAGAAGGAGGUAGAAAAACUGAAGGAGAAAAUGUUCCAGGUGAGAGAGACACCCCCUCCUCCCCCUCCACCUGAACCGCCCCUCCAGCCCCAGCAGCCUGAGUACUACGACCCCUUCGAUGACCCCUAUGGCUUCAUGAGAAUGCCACGGCGACGGGCCAACUCGUUUUCGGGCAGCCCGGUACGAGAGUGGGACGAGUGGUACUGGACUCUACCGCUACAGAGACAGAACGAGGGACACGACAUACCGCUGGGCUACGCUGCGGCAGACGUGUACGCUGAAAUCCCACCUCCUGCAGCUCCGACUCCUGGAGCCCAGCCUGCUGCACAGCCGCACAGUAGGAGCCGGGUUCGGAGGAGACGAGUGACGAGAGAGACACCCCAAGGACCUGUUAUAGCUACGGUGGAACAGAAUGGCUAUGCAUCAGAUCCACCCCAGACUCGCACAAACCCACAAGUCUCAGGCAAGACAGCUACAGCAGCAGCAGCAGCAACAACAGCAACAGUCUCUGAUCAGGAAAACGUAGGCUUAUACGACUACUACGUUCCGAGGUCUCGCUACAGCACACAGGGCAUGAGGCAGCAACUGACAAACCGCGGCUUACUUCCAGACACCUUCUGGAGCGAAGAUCUUCGCACCCCAGCAGUCUGGCACAUCACAGCAGACGUCAUACCAGACUCAGUUUGUGCAGAGUCGUCGCACCGGGAAUCCCAUGUACCAGACGAUGAUGGCAGCGGGAGCAGGGCCAGUGGGAGCUGAGCCACAACCAUUCUAUAACAUACGGCGGUCUGAACCACGGGUGUUUCCCCACCACAGACGCUCGGUUCGUGUGCAGUCACCCACCUAUGUGUAUGAUGAUGUGGAGGUGGUGAGUCACUCACCAGACUUUUACCCCGGGGCCGUACCUCCUCCUCCGCCGUCGGCAUACUAUCAGCAGGGACAGCCGACGGUGGAGACGUGCGUCGUGGAUAAUGACAUGUGUCCGCUGUGCGGAUCGACGAGCUAUCAUGUACACGACGGGUAUGACGAAGCUGGGGCCGUGUCGGAGCAUUCACGG